AUGUCGGACAAUAUUUCUUUCGAAAUCCAAAUGGAAAUUAUAGAGAGAAUCCCGGAUAUAAAAUGGGUUAUACAGUACAGAUCGGUCUCAAAAGCAUGGAAGUCUGUGAUCGACAGCAAGAAGUUUGUUACUGCUCAUACCCUCCGCCAUCAUCAGGCCCACAACAAUCGUCAUCAUCUACUUAUAAGGACACAAGACUGCCAAGAUUGCAAAGGUUGCACAGGAACUCGUCCUAUUUCGGAACAUUGCAUUGAUACACCGGUAAAAUACUUUUCCAUUGUCGACGAUGACGUCACCUUCCCACAUGAAAAGGUCAGUGUUCCCGAUUCAGUUGAAGAAUUAUUUAGAUAUGAAGCAGUUAUAGUGGGUGUUUGUCAUGGCUUGUUUUGCUUGUAUGAAUAUAGUCGUACCGCUGUUAUCUGGAAUCCUUCCCUAACGAAAACUGUUGUCAUUCCAGUAUCGAAUGUAGACCGGUGUAUGACUGAUGUUGGGUUUCGCGUUUGUCCUCGGAAUCUUGACCCUAAGCUUGUCAAGAUUACACGUGUUGAUGAUGUAAAUGUUGGCCCCCAAGUUGAGGUAUUUUCGUUGAGUUCGGGAGGGACUUGGAGAAGUCCACUAGGUAGCAAUGUUCCUGAUAGAUCGAUUGAGUUUGGAUAUGGUCAGGUCGUUGUAGACGAGUUUAUUUAUUGGUUUGCCUUUGAUAGGAUUAAUGUGGACGAUGAUACAUUUAGGAUUAGGAAUCCCAAUCUGAUCAUGUCAUUUGAUUUGACAAGUGAAGAAUUUACCAAAGUAGACCUCCCUGAUUCUUUAGCACUCGACAACCCUCAUACCGGUGUGUCACUAUAUAACCUAAGGGAGUCGCUUGUCGUUCUAGAGAGAGAGUCCGAUAGAUUUUACAGUAGAAAACUUUAUCAUGUCUGGAUGAUGAUUGGGCAUGGUUGUGCUAGAUCCUUCAAUAAGCUAUACUCCAUUAAUGCAUCUCCUGAUGUUGCUUUGGUACAUUCAAUACUGGGAUUCCGGAACACUGGUGCACCCAUAGUCGAAGUGGAUAAUGACAAGGAACAUUAUUAUCCACAUGAACGUGCACUUGCUGUGUACGAUCCAGAGUCAAAAAGCAACACUAACAUCGGAAUUUAUGGAUUGUAUUGUAGCUUUUCUGUGCAUUCUUACAUGGAAACACUACUUUUGCUUGAUAAUCAAGAUCUUGGACAGAGAUAA